CAUGGCCCGCUGGAUCCCCACCAAGCGCGAGAAGUACGGUGUGGCCAUCUACAAUUAUGACGCUGCCCAGGAUGUGGAACUCUCCUUGCAGGUUGGUGACACGGUUCACAUUCUGGAGAUGUAUGAAGACUGGUACAGAGGAUACACUCUUCGAAAUAAAUCCAAAAAGGGCAUCUUCCCAUCAACAUACAUCCAUCUGAAAGAAGCAACAGUGCAAGAUGGCGGACAACAUGAGACAGUAAUUCCCAGUGAAUUGCCCUUGGUCCAGGAACUUACUUCCACACUGCGGGAAUGGGCCGUUAUCUGGCACAGGCUGUAUGUGGAGAACAAGAAGAGCCUCUUUCGCCAUGUGCAGCAGAUGACCUAUAGCCUGAUUGAGUGGCGCUCCCAGAUCCUCUCAGGCACCCUCCCUAAAGAUGAGCUGGCUGAACUCAAGAAGAAAGUCACCGCCAAAAUAGACUAUGGCAACAGGAUCUUGGGGCUGGACUUGGUGGUGCGAGACGAAAAUGGGAACAUCCUUGAUCCAGAUGCCACCAGCACAAUAGCGCUCUUCAAAGCACAUGAGACAGCGUCCAAAAGGAUUGAUGAAAGGAUCCAAGAAGAAAAGUCUCUUCAGCAGAAUGUAGAUCUACGGGGACAGUCUAUCUUCAACACAACCCACACAUACAGCCUGUAUGUCAAUUUCAAGAAUUUUGUCUGCAACAUUGGUGAGGAUGCAGAGCUGCUCAUGAGCCUCUAUGAUCCGGAUCAGUCCAAGUUCAUUAGCGAAAACUACCUGGUUCGUUGGGGGAGUAAUGGAAUGCCAAAGGAAAUUGAAAAGCUAAAUAACCUUCAAGCUGUCUUUACGGACCUCAGCAGUUCCGACCUGAUCCGUCCGCGCAUCAGCCUGGUGUGUCAGAUUGUGCGCGUGGGCCACAUGGAGCUUAAGGAAGGCAAGAAGCACACCUGUGGGCUCCGGAGACCUUUUGGAGUGGCAGUGAUGGACAUUACGGACAUUAUCCAUGGGAAAGUGGACGACGAAGAGAAACAGCAUUUUAUUCCCUUUCAGCAGAUUGCCAUGGAAACAUACAUCAGACAGCGGCAGUUAAUCAUGGCGCCUUUAAUAACCUCUCACGUGAUUGGAGAGAAUGAGCCCCUCACUUCUGUCUUCAACAAAGUCAUCGCUGCCAAGGAAGUGAAUCACAAAGGGCAAGGCCUCUGGGUUUCUCUGAAGUUGCUGCCUGGUGAUCUAGCUCAGGUUCAGAAGGACUUUUCUCAUCUUGUUGACCGUUCGACAGCUGUGGCCCGCAAAAUGGGAUUCCCGGAGAUUAUCCUGCCUGGUGAAGUUCGGAAUGAUAUCUACGUCACUCUGAUGCACGGAGAGUUUGACAAAGGGAAAAAGAAGACGCCCAAAAAUGUAGAGGUCACCAUGUCUGUUCAUGAUGAAGACGGCAAUCUCUUAGAGAAAGCUAUCCAUCCAGGUGCUGGUUAUGAAGGUAUCUCGGAAUACAAGUCUGUCGUCUACUAUCAAGUCAAGCAGCCUUGCUGGUAUGAAACUGUAAAGGUAUCCAUCGAAAUCAAAGAGGUCAGCCGCUACCACUUAAGAUUUACUUUCCGCCAUCGUUCGUCACAGGAAUCGCGGGACAAAUCCGAAAGGGCGUUUGGAAUGGCCUUUGUGAAGCUGAUGAAUGCAGAUGGCACCACUCUACAAGAUGGCAGACAUAACUUAAUUGUUUAUAAGGGGGAGAACAAGAAAAUGGAAGAUGCUAAAUUUUACUUGAGUCUUCCUGGCACCAAGGUAGAAAUGGAGGACCGAGAUGGUCUUCCAGCCAAGCAUCACACAACCAACUUUACCCCAACCAAAGACAGUACCAAAGACAGCUUUCAGAUUGCGACGCUCAUCUGCUCUACGAAGCUGACGCAGAAUGUGGACCUGCUGGGAUUGCUGAACUGGCGUUCGAACUCCCAGAACAUAGGACACAACCUGAAGAAGCUGAUGGAGGUGGAAGGAGGAGAAAUCGUCAAGUUCUUACAAGAUACACUUGAUGCACUUUUCAGCAUAAUGAUGGAGAUGUCUGACAAUGAAUCCUAUGACUUCCUUGUGUUCGAUGCCCUGGUAUUUAUUAUUUCCCUGAUUGGAGACAUCAAGUUUCAGCAUUUUAAUCCUGUAUUGGAAACUUACAUUUACAAGCACUUUAGUGCCACCCUGGCCUAUGUAAAACUUACCAAAGUCUUGAACUACUACGUCGGAAACGCGGACGACUCCAGCAAGACGGAAUUGCUCUUUGCCGCCCUGAAAGCCUUGAAGUACCUGUUCCGGUUCAUAGUUCAGUCAAGGGUGCUGUACCUAGGGUUUUACGGGAAAAGUGAAGACGGAGAUGAGUUCAACAAUGCCAUCCGCAAGCUGUUCCUCUCCUUUAACGUCCUCAUGGACAGACCUCUUGAGGAGGCUGUCAAGAUCAAGGGCGCCGCCUUAAAGUAUUUACCAAGCAUCAUCAAUGAUGUCAAACUAGUCUUUGAUCCUGUUGAGCUCAGCGUCCUCUUUAGCAAAUUUAUCCAAAGCAUCCCAGAUAACCAGCUUGUCCGUCAGAAGCUCAACUGCAUGACAAAGAUUGUGGACAGUGACCUAUUCCGUCAAGCCGAGUGCCGAGAUAUUCUCUUGCCUCUGCUCGUUGAUCAACUGAGUGGACAGCUGGAUGAUAAUUCCAACAAACCGGAUCAUGAAGCCUGUUCACAGCUCCUUAACAAUAUUCUGGAGGUUUUGGAUCGGAAGGAGGUGGGCCCCACCGCAGCUCACAUCCAGUUGAUUAUGGAGCGCCUGCUGAGGAGAAUAAACCGGACUGUGAUUGGAAUGAGCCGACAGUCUCCUCACAUUGGUAGCUUUGUAGCCUGCAUGACGGCCAUUUUGAGGCAAAUGGAAGAUUCCCAUUAUAACCACUACAUCAGCACUUUCAAAACCAGACAAGACCUUAUUGAUUUCCUGAUGGAAACGUUCAUCAUGUUUAAGGAUCUGAUUGGAAAGAACGUCUACGCAAGCGACUGGAUGGUCAUGAACAUGAUGCAGAGCAGGAUUUUCCUUCGAGCCAUAAAUCAAUACACCUCGGUGCUCAACCGUUUCUUUUUGGAUCAGGCAAGCUUCGAACUGCAGCUGUGGAAUAAUUACUUCCACUUGGCAGUAGCCUUCCUCACCCACGAAUCCCUCCAGCUGGAGACCUUUUCCCAGGCUAAACGGACCAAGAUGGUCAAGAAAUAUGGCGACAUGAGGAAGGACAUUGGCUUCAAGAUAAGGGACAUGUGGUACAACCUCGGGCCUCACAAGAUCAAAUUCAUCCCUUCCAUGGUUGGCCCAAUCCUGGAGGUGACCUUGACUCCGGAGCCCGAACUGCGAAAGGCGACCAUCCCCAUCUUUUUCGACAUGAUGCAGUGCGAAUUCAACUUCAGCGGGAGCAGGAACUUCCAUAUGUUCGAAGACGAGCUGAUCACCAAGCUGGAUCAGGAAGUGGAAGGUGGUCGAGGUGAUGAGCAGUACAAGGUUCUGCUGGAGAAACUCCUGCUGGAGCAUUGUCGGAAACACAAAUACCUCUCAAGCUCAGGAGAAGUGUUUGCCCUGUUGGUUAGCAGCCUGUUGGAAAACCUCUUGGACUACCGAGCCAUCAUGCAUGAUGGGAGCAAAGAAAACCGCAUGAGCUGCACUGUCAACGUGCUGAAUUUUUACAAAGAAAAGAAGAGGGAGGAUAUAUACAUCAGAUACUUGUAUAAACUCCGAGAUCUGCACACAGGCUCCGAAAACUACACUGAGGCAGCAUACACACUUCUCCUUCAUGCUGAAUUACUCCAGUGGUCCGAUAAUCCGUGCGCGCCGCACUUGCUUCAGAGGGACAGCUACUAUGUCUAUUCGCAACAGGAACUCAAGGAGAAACUCUACCAAGAAAUCAUUGCUUUCUUUGACAAAGGCAAAAUGUGGGAGAAAGCUAUCCAGCUAAGCAAAGAACUGGCUGACAUGUACGAGAACAAAGUCUUCGAUUACGAGGGGCUCAGCAACCUCUUGAAAAAACGGGCCACAUUUUAUGAGAACAUCAUGAAAGCGAUGAGACCUCAGCCAGAGUACUUUGCCGUCGGGUAUUUUGGACAUGGAUUUCCCUCCUUUCUCCGGAACAAGAUCUUCAUUUAUCGUGGCAAGGAAUACGAAAGGCGGGAAGACUUCAACCUGAAAUUACUGACCCAGUUUCCAAAUGCUGAGAAGCUGAGUAGCACUGCUCCACCCACAGAAGAGAUCAAAGCGUCUCUUAAGCAGUAUGUGCAGUGUUUCAUAGUUAAACCCGUGAUGAACCUCCCACUGAACUACAAGGACAAGCCUGUUCCGGAGCAGAUUCUGAACUUCUAUAGAUCCAAUGAAGUGCAACAAUUCCGAUACUCCCGGCCAUUCAGGAAAGGAGAAAAAGAUCCUGAGAACGAAUUUGCGACUAUGUGGAUAGAGCGAACCACCUACACGACCGCCUAUUCAUUCCCAGGGAUUCUCAAAUGGUUUGAAGUCAAGCAAGUUUCGAUGGAGGAGAUCAGCCCCUUGGAGAAUGCCAUCGAAACCAUGGAGCUGACCAAUGAGAAGAUCAGCAACUGUGUGCAGCAGCAUGCCUGGGAUCGCACCCUGCCUGUGCACCCCCUCUCCAUGCUGUUGAAUGGCAUUGUGGACCCAGCCGUCAUGGGCGGAUACACCAACUACGAGAAGGCCUUUUUCACAGAGAAGUAUAGUCAAGAACACCCUGAAGAUCAAGAUAAGAUUGAACUGCUCAAGCAGCUAAUCGCUCUGCAGAUGCCUUUGCUGGCGGAAGGGAUUCGGAUUCAUGGGAAGAAGUUGACGGACCAGUUGAAGCCUCUCCAUGACAGGCUAACCUCCUGCUUCAAAGAGUUGAGGGAAAAAGUGGAGAAGCUCUACGGUGUGAUAACUCUGCCUUCCUCACUGACGGAGAGAAAGCAAAGCAGGUCCGGGUCAGUGGUUUUGCCCUACAUCAUGUCUUCCACUUUGAGGAGACUAUCGAUUACCUCCGUAACGUCCUCUGUGGGAUCCACAUCUUCUACCUCGUCAGACAGCACUUCCUCAAGACCGGGAUCAGAUGGAUCGAUUCUUGAGCCACUGGUGGAAAGGCGGAUUUCAGCCUCCUCUAGGAUGGAAGAGCUCUCUGCCAAAGAGGACGGCGAGAACCGGACAAAUAAAUUCAGGCGGAAGGACUGGAGCCUCAGCAAAUCUCAGGUUAUUGCGGAGAAGGAGCCAGAGGCUGAGCUGACUUCCAAAAUGAAUGCAUCAGGAAAAGCGCCAAGGCCAAAGAGUCUCCAGCUGGGCGAGAGCAGACUGACGUUACUUCAGGGCUCGUUGCUCCAACAAGCUUCACCUCUCAGUCCGCCUCCAAUCACUCCCAAAACUCCAAGAACCCAAAGUUUCCCUUCUUUGCAAACAGAUGGAUUAGCAACCGUGAACCUGCAAAGCGUUCCACCCCCACCCCCACCCAAGUCCAACUCAAGGAACUCCACGGAGGUCGCUCCUCCGUUGCCUAGCAGGCGGGAAAUCAAGCCUCCCCCUCCUCCUCCGAAAGCAAGAAAAUCCAGUGUCCUUUCUUUAGACCCGGGGCCUCAGUGAGAAUCUAUGCUGGCCUGCUUCCUUGCACCUUGAACUCCAUUUCCACUGUCCUGUUCGCAUCCAUGUCUUUCUUGUGCUUCCUAGCUAUUUCCUGCUGCUGGACAGACCAUCGUGGGCUCUGCCCUCCAGCCAUGCCAAAAUAAGCCAUUUAAAGGGCCACAACGCUUCCGUCUUUGAUUCCCAAGCUUCAGAUUUUCUGGGAUUCCGUGCCAAGGCACCGAGCAUCAACGUUCUGGCCUUCCCGCAUCUCUGAGCUUCUGCCUGGCCCAAAUGAGCUUAAUCAUU